CAAUAAUUCGUCGAUACGAUAGAACGGGAACAACCAUCCACACAAGGUGUUAGAGUUCAAGACCAAAAAUGCCGUUGAUUUCAGUGAUAAAUGUAAGGAGAUCAGAUUCCAAAUCGUUUAGGGUUCAAGACCAAAAGUUCCGUCGAUUUCACUGAUAAAUGUAAGGAGAUCAGAUUCCAACUCGUUUAAGGAAAGAAUUGAAGAAAUUCGAAGACAAAGACCAGAAACUCUGGCAGAAAGUUCACCGAAUGACGCGCUUGGUGUAGUCUUCGGUCCUGAGCACCCUGGCCGUGUUCGAGGCUUAGGCAUGGGUGCAGUUCCAACUGUAGUAUUCAAGGAAACAUCAAGAGGAGGUGGUUGUUCUUAUAUGGGCGCAGCUAGUACUAGUGCUCCACCUCCACAAUGGGUGCAAGAGAUGGCAAAUAUGAGAUCACAAUUAAAUGCGCUAACAAGCUUAUUACAAAUGAAAAUAGGAAAUAUCCCCGAGGAGUUUGCUCACUUAUUUCCGACUCCUUCACAGGCACCCAAUAUAGGAGAUGGCGUUCCGUCAUCAACUGGGCCAAGAAGAUCCUUUGAUAGAAGUAACUACGAAAAUGCAACAAACGACAAUUAGUAAUCAUUGUUAGGAUGAACUAUGAUUUUUUUUUUUUUUUUUUUUUUUUUUUUUUUUUUUGUGCUGUAAAUGUUUAAUAACUCUCUUAACUCUCUGCAACUUAAAAUUGAAUCUUGGAUGAUG